UGUGCCGGCGGUCUCCCGGGCCCGGCGGCGGCACCAUGGCUCCCAUGGGCAUCCGCCUGUCCCCGCUCGGGGUGGCCGUGUUCUGCCUACUAGGGCUCGGCGUGCUUUACCACCUCUACUCGGGCUUCCUGGCCGGCCGCUUCAGCCUGUUCGGCCUGGGUGGUGAGGCGGGCGGCGGCGCGGCGGGGCCCGCGCCCGCGGCCGACGGGGGCCCAGUGGACCUGCGCGAGCUGCUGGCGGUGUCUGUGCUGGCCGCCGUCCGCGGCGGCGAGGAGGUGAAGCGCAUCCGCGAGAGCAACUCUCUGCACGAGAAGACCAAGGGCAAGACGCGUGAGGGGGCCGACGAGAAGAUGACCAGCGGCGACGUGCUGUCCAACCGCAAGAUGUUCUACCUUCUCAAAACCGCCUUCCCUAGCGUGCAGAUAAAUACUGAGGAACAUGUAGAUGCAACUGAUCAAGAAGUUAUCUUGUGGGAUCGUACCAUUCCUGAGGACAUUCUGAGGGAAAUCACUGCUCCUAAAGAAGUCCCAGCAGAAAGUGUCACUGUGUGGAUUGACCCACUUGAUGCUACACAGGAAUAUACAGAGGAUCUUCGGAAGUAUGUCACUACCAUGGUGUGUGUAGCUGUCAAUGGCAAACCUGUGCUAGGAGUAAUACAUAAGCCAUUUUCUGAAUACACAGCUUGGGCAAUGGUUGAUGGUGGUUCCAAUGUGAAAGCCCGCACUUCCUACAAUGAGAAGAGUCCACGGAUUGUCGUGUCCCGCUCCCAUGCGGGAACGGUCAAGCAGGUUGCUCUGCAGACUUUUGGAAACCAGACUACAGUUAUUCCUGCUGGUGGUGCCGGUUAUAAAGUCUUAGCACUCUUGGAUGUGCCAGAUAAGAGUCAAGAAAAAGCUGAUCUGUAUAUCCAUGUAACGUACAUCAAGAAGUGGGAUAUCUGUGCUGGCAAUGCCAUCUUAAAAGCCCUUGGGGGCCACAUGACCACGCUGAGUGGUGAAGAAAUCAGCUACACUGGUUCUGAUGGCGUCGAAGGGGGACUCCUUGCUAGUAUCAGAAUGAACCACCAGGCUCUGGCCAGGAGACUCCCAGGUCUGGAGAAGAUAGGACACAAUUAGCACAACUGACGGCAGGGCACAGCUUUUGAAGCCUGAAACAUUGGGGACUUCAGAGAGCAUUUCUCUGUGGAGACUAUGCAUAGUUAAGGCCAGCCAAACUUUUGAGUAUUUAUGAAGCAUCAGAGACAAAUUAUUUUCCCUUUAAUGGAUACAAGAUCAGGGGAAAUUGGUUGCUUCAUGUCUCAAGUAUUGUCUUUAUUUUUGAGACUAUUUUCGUAUAGUUGUCAUAUACAAGGCGUGUAUAUAUAUUUGUGAAUUAAAAUCUGUAGCUGAGUCUA